GUUUUUACCGCACUCACGCCGUGUGCAUGUCUUUAAGCUGGCUCGCUCGCGCGCGAGGAAUCUCGUGCCGUCUCGCGCAGCAGAAUCAAACGAGAUUCUUUUAACACAGACACAUGUUCCAUUUUCAGUCUUUUGACGAUGACUGCACCCUGGAGGAGGAAGGGUUGGUAGAGGAAGAUGAAAUUGACCAGUUCAAUGAUGACACUUUCGGUGCGGGGGCAAUCAAUGAUGAUUGGCAGGAGGAGCAUGCCCGCCUCGCAGAGCUUGAUGAGCAGGUACGAGACGGAGUGCAUGAAGCGGGUGACGCCUCCUCCGUUGACCUCCCUCUCGCUGGCGGCAAUGCCCACUCUUCGGCCCUCGCUCAACCCUCCUCUUCCUCCCGGCUUUACCCUGACGUAGAUGUACGGGGUGGUGGUGACCUGGCGGAGUCGCUGACUCGGCUCAUCUUGGGCUCGGAUCCUGCUAUUGCUGGAGUGGGCACCGCCAGGUCGGACCGAUCUCACCUUCCUCCAAUGCUGUCCGGCCAGGCUCCUCAGCCCUCGGCAUUAGCUGAACAGUCUUCUCUGCUGCUGAGCUACCAACAACAGCAGCAGCUUAUGCGCAGAGGGCCAGCUCCUCUUCCACAGAUAAACUCUCACAGUAUUUGGGAAAACAGUAUGGGCUUCGGUCCUGUUAGUUCUGGACUAGUCACUCAAAAAGAGGACAAAACGCUUAUGUCCAUUAUCAAAGAGGUGGGGCUUCCUAAUCGGCCUCCUGGACUCAGCAGAGAAGAAGGGCGAGAUUUGUCUGAAAGGGUUCCACCUCCUCGCUCCUGCUCACCUGUGAUUGGAAGUCCACCUGUAAGGGCUGUACCUAUUGGAACACCUCCGAAACAGCCCAUGAGUCAAGUCCACAAUCAGCAUAAUAAUCACCCUUUAGCCGUUCACGUGAGAGCCACUAUGCCACUGCGCUACCCACCUCCCUUCCCUGAGCGUCUGUCCCCCAACAACCUCCUCAGCAUCGCUAACUCACCGUUGUCUCAUCCUCCAUUCCCUGCUGGUGUUGGUCCUGUUCUGUCUCAUAUACAGAGAGCCCAACUGCUCAACUCUCAGGUUGGUCAGUUCCCACGUGGUCCAGCUCCCCCAUUAUUACAGGGAGGUGUCGGGGGUUUCAGGCCAUUCUUUGGGCAGUCUGGUCCUAGAAUGGGUCCCCAUGGGCCACCUCUUGGCCACGCACCCAUCCGACACAACACCACCCACCUCCACCCGCAGCACCGCAGGAUGCUCAACCAGAGGAUGCAGAACAGAGGCUUGGGUGAUCACGUCGGAGGGAGAGGUGUUGGAGACAGGAGAAUCAGAGAUCCUUACAGCAAUCUGAUGACACAAAGAGAGAAGGAAUGGGUAGCGAGGAUUCAAAUGAUGCAGCUUCAAAGCACCGAUCCGUAUCUGGAUGACUACUAUUACCAGAAUUACUAUGAAAAAAUGGAGAAGCGUCAAGAGCGGGACCGAGACAACAGGAAGGAGCACACCACCAAACUCAUCACUCCUCAGGUGGCUAAACUGGAGCACACCUAUCGGCCAGUGCAGUUUGCCGGCUCGUUAGGAAAACUCACUGUCUCCAGUGUGAACAAUCCAAGGAAAAUGAUUGAUGCCGUGGUGACCACUCGCAGUGAUGAUGAGGAAAAAAGAGAAAAGCAAGUGUGGAACAAAAGACGGCAAAUCCUUUAUACUGUGGAGAAGAUGUACAGUCUACUAUUAGAAGUGCAAGACUUUGAGAAGAAGUUCUUGCAGACCCCUGAGCACCAAAGAGAUGCCCUGCUAGAACAGCAUAAAACCCACACGGUGCAGCUCUACAACUCCCUCCGAGAAAAAGAGUGGGACAACCGAGUGAGCGAUGAGCAGUGCUUGAUGAUCAUGUCUGUGCGUAAGGGGAAACGCCUCAUCUCCAGACUCCUCCCCUUCCUGCCACAGCCCCAUGCUGCUGCUGUUGUCAUGGGAAUAGCCAGGAACCUUCCAGCUCUGGCCAAGAAAGACAAACAAGACCAGGUACUGUGUUGGUUGGUAGAGCCAGUGACGGCAGUAAUCCAGUCCAUAUCGAGUACCUCCCUCACUGAUCUCCUCCAGGAGCUGCAGGGCAGUGAAGGACAGCUUCCCCUUGUGCUGCAAAAUAAGUUUGGCGUGACGUUGCUCUAUCUGAUUCUAAGUGAAGGAGAGAGGAUGCAGAGCUCCGAUCCCAACUGUCAGCUCAUGGACGAUAACCGCUGGUGAGCAUCUGUCUGUGUAUUAUUAUUU